AGAACGUAUUAUAUGAUAUCGGAAAGACAAAGCAGACAGUGUCAGAAACCUAAAGGUAUAUUGCUCACGAUGAAGUUUCCCAGAAGUCUGAGGCUUCCCUUGCUCCUAUUGUUAUUAGCUGAAAUUGUGAUGGUGGCUUGUGAACAACCAGGAUCUACAGCUAGAAAACGAGAGGUAACAGAGAUAACUCCUUUAAAAGUUACACAAGGAAAAACUGCCGACAACAACGAGGAAUGCUGUGCAGCAGCACAUUCAGUUGAUAUGGACUUCUCAAGUAAUUCAGUAACUGACACUGAUAACGGAGCAGGCUGGUUGAAGUUAGAGUUUAGUAAAACUCACUUCAUUCACAAGAUCAUUAUCUACUACCUGUUCUACACCAACUGGUACAAUCCUGGUGAUUGGUGUGUAAGUAGUGAAGAUUACUUCAGAACCUGUGUGAAUGGGCAUAACAACGUGGAUGUGUCAGUGUACCAGGGAGAGGUAAAGCAGAAGUCUUGUGGAACACUCCAACUAACAUACGGACUAGACCAGUCAGACCAGAUCUACACACUGCUCUGUAACACUGAAGGAGACACGGUGAAACUCAGCAAGAGUACAGGACAGAUAGCAGUAACUGAACUAGCUGUUACGAGCACAGUUAGAAAAGCAGGGGUAACAGAGAUAAUUCCUUCAAAAGUUACACACGGAAAAACGCUCAACAACAACGAGGAAAGUUUUGCAGCAGCACAUGCAGUUGAUAAGGACCUCUCGACCCAAACAGUAACUGACACUGAUAACGGAGCAGGCUGGUUGAAGUUAGAGUUUAGUAAAACUCACUUCAUUCACAAGAUCAUUAUCUACUACCUGUUCUACACCAACUGGUACAAUCCUGGUGAGUGGUGUGUACAAAAUGAAGAUAACUUCAGAGCCUGUGUGAAUGGGCAUAACAACGUGGAUGUGUCAGUGUACCAGGGAGAGGUAAAGCAGAAGUCUUGUGGAACACUCCAACUAACAUACGGACUAGACCAGUCAGACCAGAUCUACACACUGCUCUGUAACACUGAAGGAGACACGGUGAAACUCAGCAAGAGUACAGGACAGAUAGCAGUAACUGAACUAGCUGUUACGAGCACAGUUAGAAAAGCAGGGGUAACAGAGAUAAUUCCUUCAAAAGUUACACACGGAAAAACGCUCAACAACAACGAGGAAAGUUUUGCAGCAGCACAUGCAGUUGAUAAGGACCUCUCGACCCAAACAGUAACUGACACUGAUAACGGAGCAGGCUGGUUGAAGUUAGAGUUUAGUAAAACUCACUUCAUUCACAAGAUCAUUAUCUACUACCUGUUCUACACCAACUGGUACAAUCCUGGUGAGUGGUGUGUACAAAAUGAAGAUAACUUCAGAGCCUGUGUGAAUGGGCAUAACAACGUGGAUGUGUCAGUGUACCAGGGAGAGGUAAAGCAGAAGUCUUGUGGAACACUCCAACUAACAUACGGACUAGACCAGUCAGACCAGAUCUACACACUGCUCUGUAACACUGAAGGAGACACGGUGAAACUCAGCAAGAGUACAGGACAGAUAGCAGUAACUGAACUAGCUGUUACGAGCACAGUUAGAAAAGCAGGGGUAACAGAGAUAAUUCCUUCAAAAGUUACACACGGAAAAACGCUCAACAACAACGAGGAAAUAUAUGCAGCAGCACAUGCAGUUGAUAAGGACCUCUCGACCCAAACAGCAACUACCACUGAUAACGGAGCAGGCUGGUUGAAGUUAGAGUUUAGUAAAACUCACUUCAUUCACAAGAUCAUUAUCUACUACCUGUUCUACACCAACUGGUACAAUCCUGGUGAGUGGUGUGUACAAAAUGAAGAUAACUUCAGAGCCUGUGUGAAUGGGCAUAACAACGUGGAUGUGUCAGUGUACCAGGGAGAGGUAAAGCAGAAGUCUUGUGGAACACUCCAACUAACAUACGGACUAGACCAGUCAGACCAGAUCUACACACUGCUCUGUAACACUGAAGGAGACACGGUGAAACUCAGCAAGAGUACAGGACAGAUAGUAGUAACUGAACUAGCUGUUACGAGCACAGUUAGAAAAGCAGGGGUAACAGAGAUAAUUCCUUCAAAAGUUACACACGGAAAAACACUCGAGAACAACGAGGAAAUAUAUGCAGCAGCACAUGCAGUUGAUAUGGACUUCUCAAGUUAUUCAGUAACUGACACUGAUAACGGAGCAGGCUGGUUGAAGUUAGAGUUUAGUAAAACUCACUUCAUUCACAAGAUCGUUAUCUACUACCUGUUCUACACCAACUGGUUCGACCCUGGUAACUGGUGUGUACAAAAUGAAGAUAACUUCAGAGCCUGUGUGGAUAUUCAUAAUAACGUGGAUGUGUCAGUGUACCAGGGAGAGGUAAAGCAGAAGUCUUGUGGAACACUCCAACUAACAUACGGACUAGACCAGUCAGACCAGAUCUACACACUGCUCUGUAACACUGAAGGAGACACUGUGAAACUAAGCAAGAGUACAGGACACAUAGCAGUUUUUGAUGUAGCUGUUACGAGCACAGAUUCCCGAGGCUGA